AUGGGAAUUAAUUUUUACAGACUAGCUGCAAAUACAGAUUACACGUUAUGUUUGGAAAUACUCAACACUGAUUAUAAUCUUUGGAAUAAUAGUAAAAUAAGUGUUGACAAAGGAACUUCAAAAGGAUUAUCAAUUGGAAAUGUUAGUGUAAAAAAGUUGUCCCAUAGUUAUACUAAUACACAAGGGAAAUCAAGUACAAUGUACUACCACAGAAUAAUAGUUAAUUUUCGAAAGUUGUCAUCUGGUAAUAAGUUCUUUCUUCACAUUUUGGUUGAUAUUCUUCAGGGUGGAUAUAAUCUGAAUGCGUAUCCAAAUCAGUUUUCAGGGGUUUACCUGGUUGCUUAUGGUAUUAAGGGCACAUUUAGCAAUAUCGAUUCAGAUAAAGUUUACGAUUAUCACACCGCAUUUGAUAUUCACCCAACAGAAGUAGUGUAUAAUGUUGAUAUUAAUGCAAAUCAAAAAGAAAUUAAAAAUAUCAAACUUGACAGAAACAGUGAUAAUAGUGUUGCAACAGUUGCAAUGGUAAAAGAGUUAAUUCCUUUUACCAAAAAUGCUUUAUACAAAAAAUAUUUUAGUGAGUUCUAUGACUUUUCUGAUGCGGAUAGUUAUGGAAUAAAUAUAGGUUCAUAUGGAGUUAUUAUUAAUUCUUUGAAACCUAAUAUUACACUACCACCAAAUAAAGACCUAAGUGAAAUAACAAAAAAAGGAUUAAGUGUUAACGGUUACGAUGUUAAAUUUAGUCCUUCAUAUUCCCAAACAGCUACUUUAUGUAUUGUUUUUAGUCAUUGGAGAAAUAGGAGUUUUACCCUAACUAAAUAUUUAUCAACAAACAAUAAUUUUUUAGUAAAAUUGGAUUAUAAUAAAACAAACAAUAAAGUAACUUUAACCGUCAACAAAACAACUCAAAAUUUUACCAUGCCAAGUAGUUUUAAUGGAAAAAAAAUUGUUUUAUGGCUAACAGAAAAUCUUAGUUCAUAUGUUACAAAAGUUUCAAUAAGUAACUACAGCGGAACAUUAACUAUACCAUCUAUUAAUUUCGGUGUUAAUCAACUUUGGAAGUUUACAACUGAAGAUGGAGUGUUAUUAAGAUUAAUGUACACCCCAAAAUUUUACGACAUCAGCUCUGAGCAAUUUCACAAAGUAAUGCUUCAAGAAAAGUUAAGUGGAAGUUAUAUAACGUAAAUAAUAAAUGAAAAGAAAGAGUAUUUUUGAAUUUAAUCAUAUUGAUAAAUCUUUAUCAGAAGAG